CCGGCGUCGGCGGUAAAACAUGAUGAUGAGUUAUGUUCUACCAUAGACCAUGCGGUAGACUUGGGUGCAACGCCCAACUCCUACUCUGCAGAAGGCAAAGAAUUCUUCACAUUUCCUUUCGAUCAUGCCCAUAUGAGCCUGCCUAGUUCUAGUUUUCCGGUCUAAGUUUAUAACUGAUUCGCUCUAGGAUACCUAUCCGUCUUUCAAUUUCAUUGUUUUCGUUUCUCUUAGUCUCAAAUUUGCCGAUAAUAGCCAACAAAAUCGAUACAGUAGUCCAGAUAUUGGAGUCACCUCCCUGGUGUCGGUCCUUAUUCCUUAUCUUGGAAACUAAACAUUAGAAUCAAAAACAAAUUAAUCGCGUUCUGUCUAAGUGUCCUGAAUAUUGUUCAAUCAGAAUGGGCUAUAAUGAAAGGAGAAUACGAACAGAUCAAGUAUAAAGUGAACAAUACAAAUUACAGGAAGUGGGUAAACAGUGAGAAAAAAGCGAAGAAUACAUAUCAAGACUGACUAAUAUCUUGAUAUGUAGUUUUUCAAAAAAGGAACCGGAUACAACAAUACUAUACUCUUAUGUGUGGCAUGAAGCAAGAGUACUGAUAGUAAUACAUUUGCAAAAUUUCGUUGCAAAUUUGGGAUUUAUUCGAUAAAUACAAGAUAUUUGGAAGUUUUAAAAUUUCGUGAUGGUUAGUUGUAAUUAUAUUCUGGACUAGUCAUCAUCUAAGAAGAGAUAUGCGAAGACGCCAUAUUGAGCCAGCGAAACUGUCAAAUUUCUGAGCCAGCCGAUUCAAACCAGCCUUCAUUUGGUAGCACUGCUAGUUUUUAACAAUGGAAUGAAAGGCUCCCAUUUUGUCUGUUUUUACUCCGCACAUCUCUGACUAUGAGGAUAACUACUCUAUACUAUAACACUUAAAAAUUCAAACAAUUCAAGUGAGGCUAUACAGAUAUAAAGGGGAAGCUAUUCGACACAAUUUAAUCAUCAGCUCAAUCAAGCUUUACUUAAUCAAAAUAAAAACCAGAUAAGAUUGACGUGGUUGUCUUUGCUUGUGCUAUAUUGCAGGACUGAUAAUACCUAUCUUAGAAUGGAUAAAUAAUUACACCUCAUCUCACUUAAGAUAGUAUCUCACUUUACAGUUGAAUAAGGUGGCGAAAAGCUGAUUUUAAUUGUCGAUAAUUUGUUCUGCUAUUCGGACAAGACAUUGAAAUACAACAUAAAAUAUAGUUGUGAAACACGAAAUGGCAAAUCUCAAAAAGUUAGAUGUGGGUCAGUUUGUAAAAGAUAACUUAUUGAUACUACUAACGAUAGGAGGGGUGAUUGUCGGAGUCAUCCUUGGUCUAGGACUACGCAACGUGAGCGAAUACAUUUGGAACCAGCGAAAUGUGAUGUACGCUAACUUCAUUGGGGACUUGUUCCUGCGCACUAUUAAGGCAAUAAUUUUACCGCUCAUGGUGACAUCAUUAAUGUCCGCCGUUGGUUCUAUGGAUCAGGGCAUGUCGCGAAAAAUUGGAGGUCUUUCUAUUUUGUACUAUAUGACUACGACGAUUUUGGCAGUGAUAGAAGGCAUCAUCCUGGUUGUGACAAUUGAACCCGGAAAACGAAUCAACGAUGAGGAUACCUCUUCGAAUAAUCGGAAAAUGAAUAUGACAACAGUUGACACAAUGCUGGAUCUCAUUCGAAAUAUUAUUCCUCCAAACCUGGUGCAAGCAUGUCUUGAACAGUAUCAAACAGUUUUAACACCCGAUCCUGAUAAUCCGAACGAGGAGGAUCUUGCAAAGUGGAAUAUUUCUGGUCGUUAUAUCAUUGGAACCAACUUAAUCGGAAUUGUAGCAGCGUCUAUCACCUUCGGAGUGGCUCUGAGUGCCGUGAAAAAUGAAGCUCCAGAUCUACUUAAACUUGUUCAGCAGUUAUCUAGCGCAGUAAUGAAAGUUACUGCUUGGAUUAUAUGGUUAUCACCGAUAGGUGUUUUAUCACUUAUUAUGGCCAAAUUUUUAGAGAUGGAUGACAUAGCCGAAGUCUUCAGCAAACUUGGACUUUACUUUGCGGUGGUGGUUUUUGGAAUAAUUUUCCAUGGAGUUGUUGUACUGCCAUUAAUAUACUUUCUGCUGACCAGAAAAAAUCCAUACAUAUUCCUCGCCAAUAUGGGUCAGGCAGUAGCAACAGCAUUUGGAACAUCAUCCAGUUCAGCAACUAUGCCCGUUACGUUACAAUGUUUGGAGGAAAAAAAUCGCAUUGAUACUCGGAUAACUCGUUUUGUAAUUCCCAUCGGAACAACCAUCAACAUGGAUGGAACUGCGCUGUAUGAGGCAGUAGCUGCAAUAUUCAUUGCUCAACUGCGCGGGAUGGAGCUAUCAUUCGGACAGAUCAUAGCAGUUGCCAUAACUGCAACAGCAGCCAGCAUUGGAACAGCUGCGGUGCCUCAAGGAGGUUUGGUGACAUUAGUGAUGGUUCUGGAUUCUAUUGGACUUCCCAGUGAAGAUGUGUCACUAAUUAUCGCCGUGGAUUGGCUAGUGAACCGAUUUCGUGCUGUAGUGAACGUGCUGGGUGAUUGUUUCGGAGCUGGUAUAGUGGAACAUUAUAGUAGAAAAGAUCUAAUCGAUCACGAUCUAUGACAGUAAUGGUUGUGAAACAAGGUAGUAAUAUAAAUUUAUGUUGGAUUUAUUGUUAUUCUAAAUAAGUAAGCUAUUGUUUGUAAGCUGAUAGAUAUCAUGUGCUCCAAAAGGACCAUUAAUAAAUUACG